AAGUAUAAAAAUUGACUUUAUAAUUAUUUAAAUACCGCAAUGAAUUUAUCACCCUCGUUUGAAAAGAUUACUCUCUUUUUUUUUAUUUUUUUUUAUGUGUAUUUAACAUGAGUGAUGAAGAAGAUGAUUACAUGUCUGCAAAGUUUUUAGAAAAUGCUGAAGAAUUUGAAUUGAAAAGAAAAGAAGAAACUUAUUCUGAACGUAGAAAGAAACAAUUACGUGAACAAGAGAAAAAGUCACACAUCAAACCUCGUGCACAAUUAGAAGCAGAAGAGAGAGAGAAAGGAUUAAAACGAUCCUUAGAUGAAGACAAAAAUAAUAAGGGAAUGAAAAUGCUAACCAAAAUGGGUUUUAAGAAAGGAAGUUCGUUAGGAUCUGGUAGAGGCAUUGUUGAACCGAUUAAGAUUGAUAUGAAAUUAGGUCGAUAUGGUAUUGGAAUGGAAUCUGAACUACAGAAAAGAACUCGUGAAUUAGAGGAAGAGGAAGAAAGAAAGAGGAAAAAAACAAUGGCAAAUCCAGAUGAUUUUAGAGCAUUGAUGGCUGAGAAAGCAAAAGAGAAUCAACUAACAAAAUACUUAAACGCUGCAGUAUCUAUAUGUGAAAAAUUAGAUGAAAACAAUGAUAUUGAGUCAAAUAUUUUAUGGACACUUAAGCCAAUACAACCGACUGAAAAUAAUACGAAUGAUGAAGAAAAUAAGAAUGAAGAAAUUGAAGAAGUGAAAGAAAAAGAAGCAAUAGUAUUAUACCCAGAAGAAGAAUUGAAAAAGCUUGAAACAUUCACUUUAGAUGAACGAUUAGAGCUUGUUAUUAAAUAUUUACGAGACACAUAUCAUUACUGUUUUUGGUGUAGGGCUAAAUAUAAUGAUAAGCUUGAUUUAGAUGACAAUUGUCCUGGACCUGAUGAAGAUUCUCAUUAACGUCAUUGUAAUUCAUCAUUAAUUGUAUAUUAGCUAAACAAAUUGAUUAAGUUGGCUGAGAAAUAUAUUGCUGAGUAAAAAUAAAAUGCGCAUUAAUUACGCAGGAGCCUUUUAAUCCCAUGUUAUAUAUGAU